AUGUUGCAGCAGUGGUUGCAGUGGUGGUUGCAGCAGCUGGAAGACCGAACGACUCACUUUUACCUUCCUGCCUAUAUAUAUACUAGUAUGUUAAGUGCAUAUUUCAAAAUUUCAGGUUGUUUUGACACUUUUUUCAAAGGCUCUAAGAUCAAGGUCAACACUUUGAUGUUAUUGACAAAGGACAAUAGUUGUCCCUUCUGGGUGUUUGACGACGUUACGCAAUGUGGGAGAGCUAGGUAUAUAAAUUACUACUUCCCAUUAUUCGUCUUGGUUUCCGGAUUGUUGUACUGGACAUACAAUAUCCUAACACACCAUUACAAGUAUGAUAAGUUGAAACUAAAGCAGAGAGACGUAAACGAUUUGAUGUUAAUUGACGGCGAAGAUGACGAAAAUAAACCGCUACUACAAGAAUCUCCGUCCCCUUCAUCAUACAAUGGCAAUGAGGUCGAUGGUGAAGAAUUAAAGGAAAGACAUUUUUCAUUACAGAGAUUAAAACUGGUGAAGCCAAAUGGUGAGCCUCAUGGUAAACCUGAAUUGGUAAGGCGAGGAUUCAUUGAAAAAUCAAGAACAAUAUUUGAACUUCUAUUAGUUUUAUCUCAGUUUGCAGUUCAUUUUGGAAUUUGGUUAAAUCAUACAGAGGAUGAUAGCGAAUUUACCUCUAGAAGUUCAAUUGUGCAGGUGAUUGUUUGGGGGUUUCUAGUAACUUUAGUCACACUACGUCUUUGGAAUAUCAACCAGUCUGCACGCUGGGUUAAUAGAUACUGUGGUAACAUUUGGUCGAUUUCUUUUACUUCCUAUAUGUUUAUGUUUUUUACGACAGUACUACCAUUUCGUUCCAUUUUUAUUGGUCACAUUGAAGAGAAAUCGGUGAAAAAUUACUACUUGUCGCAAUUUUACCUUGAUUUAGCCCUAUUUGCCCUGCUGUUUUUAUCUCCUUCCGGUAACAAGUUGGCAGUUGUUUAUAAGACUGAUGAGCAAAUUACGCCAUCGCCAGAACCGGUUUCUUCGAUUGCAAGUUUUAUUACUUGGAGUUGGUUGGAUAAGUUCGUUUGGCAAGCACACAAAUCCGUUAUUGAGAAGAAAGACAUCUGGGGGUUAAGAAUGGAUGAUUACGCCAUAUUUGUUAUUAAGAGAUUCAAGCAAUAUGUGGAAAGAAAGGGCAAAGAAAAGAGCUUCACCUACAAUCUACUGACUUUUUUCACCAAAUAUUUACUUUUACAAGGAUUUUGGGCUCUCUUGGACAGUAUGAUGAGUUUUGCUCCUACGAUUCUUUUAAAGAGAAUUUUAGAAUAUGUGGAUGAUAGAGAAUCUGCGCCAGGAAAUUUAGCAUGGUUCUACGUUUGUUGUAUGUUCUUUUGUAGGGUUUUUUGCGCUAUCUUCUCAGGACAAGCACUUUUCUUUGGUAGAAGAGUUUGCAUUAAAAUGAAAGCAAUUAUCAUUUCUGAGAUUUAUACAAAGGCACUCAGAAGGCAGGUUGCUGUUAAUUCGAAUAAACAAUCCACAGAUGAAGUGGAUCCCCAGGAAUUGAAUGAAGAGGAACAUAGGGACGGUGAUGAAGAAUCAGGCACAUCCGCCAAUUUGGGUGCUAUUAUCAAUUUAAUGGCAGUGGAUGCUUUCAAAGUUUCCGAAAUUUGUGCCUAUUUACAUGCGUUUGUGGAAGCCGUUGCCAUGUCCUGCGUGGCCAUUGUCUUGCUUUACAAGUUACUAGGUUUAUCUGCCAUUAUUGGGGCUCUAUUGAUUGUAGUGCUGAUGCCAGUUAAUUUCAGAUUGGUCACCUGGUUGGGUCAACUGCAAAAGAAAUCUCUUUCCUACACGGAUAAACGUAUUCAAAAUUUGAACGAGGCAUUUCAGGCAAUUCGUAUUAUCAAAUUUUUCUCCUGGGAAGACAAUUUUGAAAAGGGUAUACAAGCCAUUAGAGAUGUCGAAUUGAAACUCUUACUCCAGAGAUCGUUAAUAUGGGCUCUCUGUUCAUUCGUAUGGUACGCUACCCCCACGAUUGUGACUACUUCUGCAUUUGCAUUUUACAUUUAUGUUCAAAAGCAAACUCUGACUACGCCGGUUGCAUUUACCGCUUUGUCACUAUUCUCCCUUUUGAGAACACCUUUGGACCAAUUGUCCGAUAUGUUGAGUUUUGUCAUCCAGAGUAAAGUCUCCCUAGACAGAAUUCAAGAAUUUUUGGAAGAACCUGAUACCGAUAAGUACAAUCAAUUGUCUGUGGCCCCAGGAGGUCAAAAGCUUGGAUUCGAAAAUGCCACCAUUUCCUGGGAUUCUGAAAAGCAAGAUUUCAAAUUAAGAAAUCUGAACAUUGAUUUUAAAGUUGGUAAAUUGAAUGUGGUUAUUGGUCCUACUGGUUCUGGUAAGACAUCUAUCUUGAUGGCUUUGCUUGGUGAAAUGAAAUUGUUGAAUGGUAACAUUGUGGUCCCCUCUUUGGAUCCAAGAGCGUUGUUACCAAUUGAUGCUGAUGGUAUGACUAACUCCAUUGCCUAUUGUUCACAAGCAGCUUGGUUGUUGAAUGACACUGUGAGAAACAACAUUUUAUUUAAUUCCCCUUACAGCGAAGCUAGAUACAAUGACGUUAUUGAGGCCUGUGGUUUGAAACGUGAUUUUGAGAUUCUAUCUGCCGGUGACAUGACAGAAAUUGGUGAAAGAGGUAUUACUCUAUCUGGUGGUCAGAAGCAAAGAAUUUCUUUGGCUAGAUCUCUUUAUUCUAACUCUAGACACCUUUUACUUGAUGACUGUUUAAGUGCGGUGGACUCUCAUACUGCCUCCUGGAUUUAUGACAACUGUAUUACUGGGCCAUUGAUGCAGGGUAGAACUUGUAUUCUAAUUUCUCAUAACAUUGCGCUCACUUUAAGAAAUGCAGAACUUGUUGUCCUAUUGGAAAACGGGCAAGUUAAGGAACAAGGUGACCCACUAACUCUGUUGCAUAAGGGCCAUUUGGGUGAAGACGAAUUGGUUAAGAGCAGUAUUAUGUCCAGAAACAAUUCCUCGGUAAAUGUAAAGACAAAGAGCUCCACGAGUGUUCAGAAUUUGGCUAAGACUUCCAAGGAAUCUACGAAGCCUCAGCAAACUGACGAGGAACGUAAGAAGGCGGGUAAAUUGGUUAAAGAUGAAACAAAGGCUGAAGGUGUUGUUGGUUUGGAAGUUUAUAAAUGGUAUUUGAAGAUCUUUGGUGGUUGGAAGACAUUGUCCUUUUUGGUAAGUGCAUUUGUCUUCGCACAAGGCAUGUACAUCGGUCAAUCUUGGUGGGUUCGUGAUUGGGCCUCUCACAAUAUGAAUAGCACAAUAUUUGCCUUUAGAGAAAACCUUGUGUCUGCUGGAUUUCACACAUUCGGUCGUGUAGAUGCCUUCGUCCAUUACGUGGCUGAAUUGCCUAAUCGUGUUGCUGUCGCUACGGGAGCUGAACCAGUUGGACCUCAUUCUAUGUUCUAUUAUUUGGCAAUCUAUUUCUUGAUUGGUUUUGCCCAAUCAGUGUUAUCUGCAUUCAAAACGAUUUUGAGUUUCGUUGCGGGCCUUAAUGCAUCUAAGAAGAUCUUCAAUUUGUUGUUGCAGAAGGUUUUGCAUGCUAAGUUGCGUUUCUUCGAUUCCACUCCUAUUGGUAGAAUUAUGAACCGUUUCUCUAAGGAUAUCGAGGCAGUUGAUCAAGAGUUGACACCAUUUUUUGAAGGUGCUUUCUAUUCGUUAGUUACCUGUUUGUCAACGGUGGUUUUGAUUACUUUUAUCACACCACAGUUUUUAAUUGUCGCAGUGAUAGUUGCUGUUCUCUACUACUUUAUCGGUUACUUUUACCUCGCCGGUUCUCGUGAAUUGAAGAGACUGGAUUCUAUCUCUAGGUCACCAAUCUAUCAACACUUCUCUGAAACGUUGGUUGGUGUAACUACUAUUCGUGCUUUUGGUGAUGAGAGCAGAUUUAUUCAAGAGAAUUUGCAUAAGAUUGAUGAAAACAACAGACCUUUCUUCUACUUAUGGGUAGCAAAUCGUUGGUUGGCAAUGAGAAUCGAUCUGAUUGGAUCACUUGUUGUGUUCGGCGCUGGUGUUUUCAUUCUUUUAAACAUUGAUCAUAUUGAUGCCGGUAUGGCAGGUAUUUCUUUGACUUAUGCGAUUACUUUUACUGAAGGUGCUCUAUGGUUGGUGAGAUUAUAUUCAAACGUGGAGAUGAACAUGAACUCUGUUGAAAGAUUGAAAGAGUACAUGGUGGUAGAGCAAGAACCUUACAAUCAGCCAAUAAUGACUCCCCCAUCUGACUGGCCUCAACAUGGUAGAGUUGAAAUGAGUGAUGUGUCUCUACGCUAUGCACCAGGUCUUCCAAGGGUCAUUAAGAAUGUCUCAUUUACUGUGGAGCCCAAGUCGAAAGUUGGUGUCGUGGGUAGAACUGGUGCUGGUAAAUCCACUAUCAUUACUGCGUUGUUCAGAUUUUUAGACCCUGAAACAGGCCACAUAAAGAUUGAUAACGUGGAUAUCUCAUUAAUAGAUCUACAGAUGUUGCGUCGCUCGAUUACCAUCAUUCCCCAAGAUCCAACGCUAUUCACCGGAACCAUUAAAUCUAACUUGGAUCCAUAUGAUGAAUAUUCUGAUGAGGAUAUCUUUGCGGCGUUGAAGCGUGUUAACCUGGUUUCACAAGAGGAACUAGAUAGAUCCAAUAUUGAUGCUGCCUCGGUGGGUUCUGAGAAUGUGAAUAAAUUUUUGGAUUUAAACAGUGAAAUCAAUGAAGGUGGUGGUAAUUUAUCACAAGGUCAACGUCAGCUAGUCUGCCUGGCCCGUUCGUUGCUACGUUCUCCGAAGAUCAUUUUAUUGGAUGAAGCUACUGCCUCCAUCGAUUACCAGUCUGAUGCUAAAAUCCAAGAAACUAUCAGGAAAGAAUUCCAAGGAAAUACCAUUCUAACCAUUGCACACAGAUUGAGAUCAGUUAUUGAUUACGACAAGAUUCUUGUCAUGGAUCAGGGUGAAGUGAAAGAGUACGAUCACCCAUACUCUUUACUGUUGAAUAAAAACAGUCAAUUUUACAGCAUGUGUGAAAGCAGUGGUGAAUUGGAAGUAUUAAUCGAGUUGGCUAAAGAAGCCUUCGUUGAAAAACUGAAUUCGAAAUAG